AUGAAGCUUUCCGCCUACUUCCUUUCAUCAUUUCUAUGCGAUCCAAUUCCUCAAGAGGAAAACCUUCCUUCAUCUGAUUCGAAUAAAAUCGCUCAAAGUUCGAUUCAAAGAUCCGUUUCUUUGUUUGACAGGCUACCAGAUGCGCUCAUGGACAAGUUUGCUGACAUUGGAGAGUAUUCCUGUAAUAAUGCUCAAUUUCAUUAUGAAGGUCCAUCGAAAAUAGCAUUCGAUAACAGAAUUGCUGUCAAACAAGAAGACAUUCAAAAAGCAUUCGGCUCGAUGUUUACUUCAGAUUUGGUUAUCCAGUAUAUGACAGAAAUAACGCAAUAUAUGUCAUUUAUUGGCUAUUUUCAAGGACACAGUUUAGACUAUCCGGAUCAAUGGUUGGACUUUCUGGACACGCGAGCGGAUUUUCUUGGAAAUUUCUUUACAGAAGGGCUAAUCAAUGCCCUGAGACAUUUUCCUUUUAAUGAAUGCAAGAGAAAAAUUGUUACAAAUACAACCCAAAAAUUUAUCAACACACAGAAUGCGAUUCUCGACAAUGAUAGAAUCCGCGCACCGAUUCUUCUCGUUAGUAUCGACAAAACGGAAUCAAAGAGCCUAUCUGCCAGGACGGAUGAUCAAGAAGAUUCUGACGAGUUUUACGCCGUUCAAGAGAUUGUAAACAAUUCAAAUGGACCACAAACUGUAACUAUUGAGAAAGACAUCGUCAAAAUGACUGCACAAACGCAUACAACAACGAAUUCGUGGAAUUGGGGAAUUUCUGAAAAGUACUCAUUCAAAGCAGAAGAAGAAUUUGGUUUUGUAAAAACAUCUGAGUCUGUCGAAAUCGGCAUUAACGCUGGCGUUUCAUCAAGCUCAACUGAUGGAAAUUCAAGGUCGAGAACAGUUUGGGAAAAAUUCCAAUUCACAUUAGAAGCACCACCAUGUUCGAAAAUAAACGGAACAAUCAGUGUAUCGAGGGAAACGAAACAAUAUGAUUUGCAUGAGACAUUCGAAAUUGCUGGAAAACAAGUAACAGUCGAUGGAACAAUGGAAGUUAGAAAUGCACUUACUCAAAGUUUUAUCGUUAACAAUAUUGAAAAAAUCGAGAACUGCGCUGGUGCUGAGGAUAUAACUGAUCAUUGUGCUUUGGAUGCAAUCGAUCCGUUGAUUCUCCCUCCAGGAGACCAUGAGUGGGUGUGUACAACAACAUUAAGAAAAACUGUAUGUAAAGCAAGAUGCAGAAAUGGAAAUCAUUACAAUGAUGCUCCUUACAAGAUUUACUGCUAUCAUGAAUCAACGUUUUGGUAUAAGGACGAUAUAGAAAUGAGUCCUGUUGAUUGCUCUUAA